AUGAGUGUUCUUCGUUAUCUACAUGCGAUGUUUUUGGCAUCUCAGCUCACUCACACCAAUAAGGCGCAGCCAACAGUAAAUUGUCAAAACUUCAAGUUUGUUAUCGAUGAGCAUGUCGUCUAUAAUCACAUUCUUGAGGGUCACGUGUUUCAAAGAUUGACAGUCCACAGCGCCACCCAGUGUCACAUGAAGUGCAAAUAAUUACUGACCCUCAUAAAAUCCUAUUGUUCUCUCUCAGCAUUAUAUCGGCGAUUUCAGCCUGAGAAAAUAUUCAUAUUCAGUCAAGUCCAACUGCCUGAGGAAAACGGUGGCGGUCCUUUUUGGUAGCAGGGAAAUUAUCAGGGGUAAUCCUAAACGCGCUACGUUCAAUAUUGCAGUGGGCUGGCUGCACUGCAAUAUUUUUAAUAAUGCAGCCUGCUUCCAGCAAUAUUUUUAAUAUUGCUGCAUGACUGUGGUAUUUACUUCGUUACUUUUCCACUCAGUAAUUUUUGAAAAUUCGCGAAUGUCCGCGCAUAAUUUAUGAUGAAGAUCUGAAGUUAAAAAGUAAAUGAAUACACCAUGAGAAGUACCAUUCCAGGAGACGUACAGACGAAAACAUUUUACAGUUUAUUUAGGGCACAUCUGACAAUGACAGUCUUUCUCACUUGUAAGAAAUAACAAUUUUCGUACUGUGAGUACUAAUUACAACUGACUGAUUAUAAUCUUCGCUCUGGUUUUCUUAUGAAAAUGGCAGAUUCGUCUUCCGAAGAAUCCUCCAUCAAGCUUCAAAACAGUAGCAACUCUUUGCCUUCCAACAAACAACUCAAAUAACCAAGUGCAUUGCGUUAAUAUACAAUGCAAAUUACGUUUGCAUGAAAUUCAAUCACACACCUGAAAGAUGUGGAAAGUUACAUAAUCUUUACAAGGAUUUAACAAUGACUAAAUUCCGGGAAAUGAAAAGGGUUAUGUAAUUUGUAUAACUACUAGACAAUACGUGCUAAUUGCAUUGUUAGAGAGAGAAAAUAGUAGGAUUUCAUGAGAGUCAAUGAUUAUAUCAUCUUUGCAAGUAGUUAACAAUGGCUGAAUUGGGGAAUGAAAAAGGAUUAUGCAAUUUGUAUUAUUACUGGACAAUGCUUGCCAGUUGCAUUGUUGGUGUACCAAAACAUCAAUAUGAAGGGGCGACUGAAAUCGUCGAUGUAAUGCAGAGAGAGAACAAUAGGAUUUCAUGAGGGUCAAUAAUUAUAAUAGUUAAUUACUGAGGUUCGCAGCAUUAUUGGGUAUAAUGCAGGCAGCUGAGGCCUGCGGCCUCAGCUGCCUGCAUUGUACCCAAUAAUGCUGCGAACCUCAGUAAUUAUCUAUUAAAGAUUACUGCCUGUGUGUAUCAAUGAAUUAUUUCCCUCCGUCCGAUGAAAAUAACUGCGGGCUCAACGAUGCUAAUAAAGAAAUGGAGCCAGCGGCGAUGAAAUGGAGUCAAGGAGGAAAUUAUUAUGAUUUGGUGAGAAGCUACACGGUGAAGGUGAGAUAA